AUGGCGAAAGCUUCCCCUACAUUGCAAAAAGGUGCUGUCGUCCAGCACAUCGCCAAAGUCCACAACCUGAAAGGUCAACGGCCUGAAGAGAGCAUGCAAUCUUUGGCAAGAACCAUUCGUUUCGUCACGCUGAACUGCCGGACACUGUCGAGUGAAUUCCAACAAAUUGCCGUGUCUAAAGUUUUGCGAUACCUCUCUGUGCCGUUUGCUGCACUGCAGGAAACACGCAUGAGUGAUCGGCCCGUCAUCAGCACCGAAAAGUUCAUCAUAGACUGCAGCGAUGCUGAUAAGAAGAAGGUAGGUGGCUCCGUGGUAGCUGUGAAGAACGAUUACAACAAACUCAUGGAGGAAUUUGGCUCAACGUUGCCUAGAUGCGCCUUCGUACGACUGCGGGAUCGCAGAGCACGUAAGCGCUGGAUCAUAGGUGCCCACGUUUAA